AUGAUUUUGAGAACUUCAUUAACUAUUAUAGCUAUCUCAGUUUGUUCAUAUCUAUCUAUCUAUCUAUCUAUCUAUCUAUCUAUCUAUCUAUCUAUCUAUCUAUCUAUCUCAGAAUAUUCACAUCCAUCUAUCUAUCUAUCUAUCUAUCUCAGAAUAUUCACAUCUAUCUAUCUAUCUAUCUAUCCAUUUUCAUAUCGAUGUAUCUCAGUAUAUUCACAUCUAUCUAUCUGUCUAUCUAUCUAUUUACAUAUCUAUGUAUCUCAGUAUAUUCACAUCUAUCUAUUUUCAUACCUAUGUUUAUCAGUAUAUACACAUCUAUCUAUCUAUCUAUCUAUCUAUCUAUCUAUCUAUCUAUCUAUCUAUCUAUCUAUCUAUCUCAGAAUAUUCACAUCUAUCUAUCUAUCUAUCUAUCUAUCUAUCUAUCUAUCUAUCUAUCUAUCUAUCUAUCUCAGUAUUUUCAUAUCUAUGUAUAUCAGUAUAUACACAUCUAUCUAUCUAUCUAUCUAUCUAUCUAUCUAUCUAUCUAUCUAUCUAUCUCGGUAUGUUAAUAUCUAUCUCAGAAUAUUCACAUCUAUCUAUCUAUCUAUCUAUCUCGGUAUGUUCAUAUCUAUCUCAGAAUAUUCACAUCUAUCUAUCUAUCUAUCUAUCUAUCUAUUUUCAUAUCUAUGUAUCUCAGUAUAUUCACAUCUAUCUAUCUAUCUAUCUAUCUAUCUAUCUAUUUUCAUAUCUAUGUAUCUCAGUAUAUUCACAUCUAUCUAUCUAUUUUCAUAUCUAUGUAUAUCAGUAUAUACACAUCUAUCUAUCUAUCUAUCUAUCUAUCUAUCUAUCUAUCUAUCUAUCUAUCUAUCUAUCUAUCUAUUUUCAUAUCUAUGUAUAUCAGUAUCUAUCUAUCUAUCUAUCUAUCUAUCUAUCUAUCUAUCUAUCUAUCUCAGUAUUUUCAUAUCUAUGUAUAUCAGUAUAUGCACAUCUAUCUAUCUAUCUAUCUAUCUAUCUAUCUAUCUAUCUAUCUAUCUCAGUAUUUUCAUAUCUAUGUAUCUCAGUAUAUUCACAUCUAUCUAUCUGUCUAUCUAUUUCAGUAUUUUCAUAUCUAUGUAUAUCAGUAUAUACACAUCUAUCUAUCUAUCUAUCUAUCUAUCUAUCUAUCUAUCUCUUUAG